AUGUGUCCUACGAAGUGUGUUCAUGGAAAUAUUCGUAAAUUAUUCAGAAUGUCCUCGCAUACGAACAUGACUGAUGUUGAAAAACCAUUUAUGACAAACGAGAGAUUAUCUUUCGUACCAGAUCAUCCAACAAAAACGAAAAUGACACGUAUGGUAUAUACAUUCUGUAGUCUUAUUGUGAUAAUAUUGUUGAUGUACGUGUACUAUGGUGAUGAUUCUUGUGCGGAAAAGGAUUUCAUCUCAUCAGCUACGCUUGUAUCUGAUCUUCGCAAUGGUAAUGUCAAUAAUCCUGUCGUUAAUGUGACGAACGAUUGUGCGUUACGAUCUUUUACCAUUGAAAUGGCAGGUUAUAUUGCACCUUCAUUUUGGAAAGAGAAAUGGAUAAAACUUAGUAGAGAUGCUUUUCAAAUGGACGAAUGUAAUAUAACGACGGCAAUGCAUGAUACUGAUCGAUCAUUUCAAGUGACACCAGAAAGACAAAAGAGCAAUUGUCAGUAUCGGAUAUUUGUACAUGGUUCCUUAGGUCAUGAUUCAUACAAUGGAACAUUCGAUAAGCCAUUAAAGACUAUUCCCGCAGCAAUCUCAAUGAGCCGUUCAUUAAGACGUCUGUACAGUAAAGAUUCACUCUUAUGCAUCGUUAUACGUGAAGGAAUUUAUUAUCUCGGUAUGAGUGCAACAACGACGAGCAGUCAAAUAGGUGCUAUUGCAUUAACUGUGAAUGAUGAUAAUCUAGUCAUUGAAAAUUAUCAAGAUGAACGUGUGGUAUUGAGUGGUGGUUGGCCGUUAGAUUUGCAUUGGUCUGCUUAUAGAACACUCGGAAAUAACGGUACAAUUAUGCAAGCUCAAAUACCAUCGGACGUUAGACUUGACCUAUUCAAUGAAUUAUAUAUCGAUGGAAAACGAGCAAUUAUUGCUAAAUAUCCAAACGGUGAUCCUUCUACUCAAGGUUUAUAUGCGAAGACUCCAGGAUUUGCUUUCGAUGUACAAAAAUGGUUGCCAUCAACUUACAAUCCAAGUGUACAAGUACUUAUUCAGGAACCCUAUCGUAAUGGAACAGUUUUUCCUUAUUAUCAACUUGGUAUUGGUGGUGGUGCUUCAGUAUUUAAUCCGCCGACUAACUUCUGGAGUGGAUUUCAGCCGGCAGCUGGUGAUAAUUAUCGUACACCUCGCGGUUUUACACUACCUAACGAAACCCUACCUCGUCUAGAAAAUUGGAGCAAUCCGACUACGGGCUUCGUUCAUGCUUUUCAUGGUGGUUAUUGGGGCAGUUGGGUAUUUGAAAUCGAAUCGAUCAAUCGAACAGAAAAUACAAUCAUGUUCGGCCGAGGAGGAUUCCAAGAAGCACGCGGUAUGGAUAGUGGUGGUGCUUAUUAUGUAUCUAAUAUUUUAGAAGAACUCGAUUCGCCGAAUGAAUGGUAUUUAGAUAAAAAUACUCGUACUCUCUAUUUCAUGCCGAACGAUACCAUGCCCGGUGUCUUUGUUGCAAGUCAAAUUCCUUGUCUUAUAUCGAUGAGUGGCAGCAGUAUUAACAAUCCCAUUAAUAACAUUCUGAUCCAAGGUCUAAUAUUUACAGAAACAAGUAGCACAUAUAUGAGUGAUUACAUGGUACCAGGCGGUGGUGAUUGGUCUGUUCAUCGUGGUGGUACAAUAUAUCUCACAAAUACAAAGGACGUAAUCAUAACACGUAAUUUAUUUACACAAUUAGGUAGUAAUGGUGUAGCAUUAAUCGAUUCGAACGAAAUGACAUCAAUUACUUUGAAUGAAUUCGUUUGGUUAGCCGAUUCAGCUAUCAUACUCGUUGGCAGUACAAAUGGUAUUGAUGGUUUUAGUGUUACUAGUCAACCUGCUAAUGUGCUAAUACAAUCGAAUGUUAUACAUGAAACUGGAAUUUAUAUUAAACAAUCAUCUCCGGUAUUGAUAGCUGUUAGUCGAAGCACAUCUGUGAUCGGUAACUUAAUAUUUAACGUACCACGCGCAGCCAUUAAUAUCAAUGAUGGUUACUAUGGCAAUCAUACUCUCAGUUGGAAUGUCCUGUUUAACACAGUACGAGAAACAAGUGAUCAUGGACCGAUUAAUUCAUGGGAUCGACAACCAUUUUUAAGUGAUGCUGUUCAACACGGUUCACCUUCACUUUGGCAACAUUAUAGUUAUAUUCAUCAUAAUACUAUUUUCAAUAAUUACAAUUCUCUUUGGCCAAUCGAUCACGAUGACGGAAGUUGUUUCUAUGAAGAUAGUUAUAAUUUUAUGAUGUACGGUGGAAAGAAAAACUAUUUGGGUCAUUCGAAAAUCGAUCAUCAUGAAAUUUAUGUUUAUGCAGAUGCUAGUAAAGGUGAGUUCGGUAGUAACGUAUGUCUCGGUGAUUACGCACCUCAACGUGGUUCCAGUGGAUGGAAUGAAGUUUUUAUUAAUAAUACUUGUAUACUUUACAAUGAUUCUAUACCUUAUCUGAUUGGUGCCUGUGAUACUGCUGAUUUAUUUGUUCCAUACUUAGCUGAUAAUAAAAUUUAUAUUCCCUCUGGUAUGAAUGCCGUGUUUCCAUGUAUAGUCAAUGGUACAUUAACAAAACUUAGUUUGAAACAAUGGCAAUCAUAUGGAUUAGAUAGAAAUACGAUUGUUCAAGUUACUCCUGAUGUUCAAACUAUUAUUAAAUGGGGUCGUGAUAUGUUACAGUAG